CUUUUUGUCAUUUUCAAAUUUCACGCCGUUCCAUCUCCCGUACGUCCCGACGCUCGCAGGGGACAGAACCCAGAUGACAGAUGCCGGCAUCCGCUGGAUUACAUUGCCGGGGCACUGCAGGGGGGACAUCGUGGGAGCGCAGGACAAGGUAAGUGAUCGAGGGAUCGCGGAGCAGCGCUGCAUGGUAAGCCCGAGUGUAGCUCGAGGUUACCGCUUGUGGUACUGAAACUUUACCCCGAGCUGCACUCGGGAAUACCGCCAGGGAGGCUAACAUAUCAUAUCCUACCUAAAAUAAUCUAGUCAGCACUCUAU